CUGCCGGGCGCCUCUGCAGGCUGGCCCCCUGCGGCUGCCUGCGGGGCGGCAGCGGCGGGCAGGCUGCCGGGAUGAUCCGGUUCCGGAGCUCCAGCAUCAGGUCGCUGAGCGCGGAGAUGAAAUGCACCGUGCGGCUGCUGGACGACUCCGAGAUCUCCUGCCACAUCCAGAGGGAAACCAAGGGUCAGUUUCUUAUCGAUCACAUCUGCAACUAUUACAGCUUGCUGGAAAAAGACUAUUUUGGCAUUCGAUAUGUUGACCCUGAGAAGCAGAGGCACUGGCUUGAGCCCAACAAGUCCAUCUUCAAGCAAAUGAAAUGUAAGUCUUGA